AUGAGAUGGUUUUGAAUACAGCGUGUUACUUGUGCACUUUUGCGCAGCAGCUAUACCGGACUUUUCUUCGUAGGUGUACUCUGUGCGGCGAACGAGCGCAUCGCCACAUUGUUGCCUGGAUUUGUGGAGCGUAAGAUGGGGAGGAUAGCGCGCCUUAGGGUAACUCGACGGGGGUGUGGGAAUGCGAUUGUCGCAGGGAGAGUCAGAUGGAUGUUGAUGCCUAGGAGGAGAGUAAGGUAUAAAGACGGCACCAUUCGUAUUGGUAACCGGCCUUCCCAACCCAGCCCACCUUAUCCCAUUCUCUAUUUCUGGUUAAGCCAUCUACGCAACUGUGCUUGACUCACUCCAGCCUACCUACCCGCAAUGGCCGUCAAAGACAAAACCCCCAAAGCCAUUAACGGCAACAGCACCAACAGCGCCCAAUGCUACGCCCCCGAAGGCUCCCUCCCGACCAGCACGACGCUCUACCAGGGCCCCAAAGACAAGGACAAGAAGUGGACCUGGCUGGACCACGAACCCACCGACGUCGCUGACGCCGCCGAGAACGCGCAGACGGCGCAGCACGCGCUCAUCACGCGCGUGCAGAAAGCCAACGACUCCCGCAAGAAGUACGAGAUCCACUCGCUGAUCAUCCAGUCGCCGCGGCUGAAGCAGGUCCUGGACGAACACGUGCUCGACGGGUAUCCGGGGAUCUGCUGCUCGCUGAAGCGGUUGGAGUUCGAGGCGCCGUUCGAGCCGUUUGUGCAUCGGUGGGACAGGCUCGUUGCGUUUCGCGAGAGGGGCGAUGUUGAUGACGUUACGAGGGAGCAUGUGGACCUGCUGUACGACGUGCUGCGCGCCGAGCUCAGAGACGUUAUUAAGACGCUCGAGGACUAUGUGGAUAAGGGCGUCGUCACAUUCGAGCACGUGUGGACCAUCUUCCAGCCGGGCGAUGUCAUUUAUUCCGCGUCGCAUAACGGCGCGGCCUCAGCGCUCAAACUGAGGAACGGGAAGUAUGUCAAGACGCAGUGCGGGAUGGCGUACCAGCUCACUGCUGAGAUGAUCGACUGGAACGGCAACCAUUUCGGACGCUCGGUAGAACGGAUUAAUCUAUGGGAGUUCCUCGGCACGACGCGGAUUUUGGGGUUGGCUGCGUUCCCGAUGCGGGUCCAUCCGCAGCAGGAGAAGGCUGAAGAGAUGCUGGUGAAGAGAGGGAUGAAGUUUGAAGAGUUGGCUGGAUGCCAUUAUAAAGAGUACUCGGGCAUGGCGAUAACGUGGGAUAAGGAGGGUAAGGAGGCCCCAACGAACUGCACUGGGCGUAUCAUUGUAGACUCGGAUACUUUCCGGAGGUUUUCGCCGCGCUAUGUGGGAUAUAUCGAGCCGCUGGAGGCAAAGGAAGGCGCCCCGGCGCCUGAGUGCGCGGGCAAGCCGUUCAGCAUCGAGAGCGAAGACGAUGAUGAAAAGUACAUCUUUGGCAGGCAGGCAGGGACCAAGAGGCUGCGGCUCACUGAGCAGCACCAACUCAUCUGCAGCCCACGUGUCCGCGGCUACUCUCUCAAGAAGAAGCAGUGGCUGCUCUUCUACCUCGAUCUGAUCCGGGACAUCAAGUUCGACGAGAACGCCUUCAAAUCCCUGGUGCUUCCCGAAGACCAGAAAGAGCUCAUCCUCUCCUUCGCCGAAUCCCAAGCCUCGCACAGCACCGUCUUUGACGACGUAAUCUCCGGCAAAGGGCGGGGCCACAUCACCCUCCUAUCCGGGCCUCCCGGCGUGGGAAAGACGCUGACCGCGGAGUCAGUGGCCGAGCACAUGGGCGCUCCGCUUUACAUGAUGUCGGCUGGCGACCUCGGAAUCAACCCGGACCAGGUCGAAACGAAGUUGACGAACAUCCUAGAGAUGAUAGCGAAGUGGCGGGCGGUGCUGUUGAUCGACGAAUGCGAUGUCUUCCUCGAAGCGCGCAGCACUCACGAUCUCGAGCGCAACAAGCUUGUUUCCAUCUUCUUGCGUGUGCUGGAGUACUACGAGGGGAUCCUUUUCCUGACGACAAACCGCAUCGAUAACAUCGACGCGGCGUUCCAGUCACGGAUCCACGUCAGCAUGGCGUAUCCGGAGCUGACAAGCCAGGCGAGGAGGUGUAUUUGGGAGAACUUCUUGAAGGGGCUGGAUGUGCCGCAAGAGUGGAGCGAGAAGGAUUUGGAUGAGCUGGCGGUUGUUGAGUUGAACGGGAGGCAGAUUAAGAAUGUGUUGAAGAGUGCGGCGCUGUUGAGUGCGAGGAAGAAGGAGCCUUUGGGGAGGCGGUUUGUGGAUAUGGUGUUGGCGAUUGAGAGGAGGAGGCCGGGAGUCUCAGAGGCGUUCUAAGUAAGGGGGCUUUUGUUGAUCAGAUAGUAGAGCCAUACUCGCCAGUCGUUCCUCACUCAUGAUCAGGGGCAUUGACGUGCCUGAGGCACCCAACUUUUCCCAUGCGAGCGCAAUACGGAAUCGAUGUGCCUUCAUGCAAGUCGCUGGAAACUAAGAACCAAAUUCCAUUAUGGAGAAAAUGGAGCAUCGGGCAAAGCUGACCCAACUCCUAGUUCAGUAGGAAUUGCAGAGUCGAUAGCUUUAAACGCCUUCACGAGUGGCUCUUGUGAGGUUGGGGGAGAUCAAUAUCCAAGCCAGCAUUGGACAGCUCUUCCAACACUGAGACAUUUUCUGAUUGGACGAGUUCUUGGAUCCAGGAGUCGCGUUUGCCUGAGCCCAAGACGAUCUCAAUUAGAGGAGCGGGAAA